GUGCUCCUGCAACAAGUCUUGUCAUUACAUCUUUACCUAAUCAGCCACCAAUGUUAAAAGGUUAUUUACAUAAGUGGACAAAUUAUGCUAGUGGAUAUAAGAAUGAUGCUGGAAAUUCAUGUCGUGGUUCGAUCAAUAUGAAAAUAGCAAAAAUUUCGGUUGAUAGUACUGAUAGACUUAGAUUUGAUAUUAUUGGCAAAGGUUCUGUAAGAUAUCAUUUACGUGCUAAUAAUCCCAGUGAAGCAAAACAAUGGAUAGUUGCGUUAACUCAAUCAUCAGCAUAUUAUGAGAAAAAUGAUAAAGGUCGGAGACAAAGUGUUAUUGAUGAUUCUAUUAGUGAUGAAACGAGAAUAGGUCGAAGUUUACAUAAAUCCGAAUCUCAUGCUGAUACUAUAACAUCUGCCGAUUCCGAUCGUGAUCGUUCAAGAUCACCAUCAAAUCAAUCAAUCGAUUUAGAAAAUGUUCCUAAUGAAGAUUCUUAUCGUAUAACUAUAAGUUCUACAAGAGCUCAAUUAGAAUUACAAAAUCAAUUAUUGGAUUCUCUUUCUUCUACUGUUUCGGAAUCUUCUUCUUCAACUGAAUCAAAAGAAUCUACUAUAAUAGAUACUUUUUCACAAUCCCUUAGGACACUUCAUAAUCUUGUUGAUGACGUUCUUCGUAUGACCGAAGAACGUGAUGUAUAUUGGAAUAGAAAAUUGGAAAAAGAACUGGAAGCUAAAAGACUUUGGGAAGAAA